AUGUCGCCCACAUCGAACUUGCUGGAAUGCGAAACUCUACUUGAACCUGACCAACACUAUCCCCUGUACAUCGCUGCCAAGAAAUAUUGGCUACCGGAAUUUGAAGCUCACUGGGACGACGAGGAAGCAGUCACACUUGUUUUGCUUCAUUCGACCAGCUUUCAUAAAGAGACUUGGCAGCCUACCCUGGAACGUAUCUUCCAGUGUUCUUCAGCUUAUUCCAGAAAUUCAUCAAGACCGUUGAAGAUCAAAUGCGCAUGGGCAAUUGACUGCCCAAACCAUGGUGUAUCUGCUGCUUUCAAUGAUGACGCACUUCGUCAGGCACCUUUCUACCGCAACUUCGGGUGCCGCAGAUAUGCAGAUGCUGUCCAUAGAUUUAUGUCUGCUGGACCAAAGUUCAGACCCAUGUUUGACUUCAGAAGCCAGCGUCUUGUCGGAAUAGGUCAUUCUCUUGGUGGGGUUGCUAUGACCAUAUUGCAGAACCUUGAACCGGCCUUCAAAUUUUCAUCUGUCAUCCUCGUGGAACCCAUGCUCAGUCCAAAUGCAGAGGCAGUGGAGCCAUUACGCCGGUUUCUUAUCAAAAAUGCAUACGAACGAAGAGACGUUUGGCCUUCUCGAGAAUACGCGUACCAGAACCUGAAAUCAAGAAGGCGAUGUAAACGCUGGGACCCACGUAUCCUAGAUUUGUAUAUUAAAUUUGGACUCCGGACUCACCCAGGUGCGCAUCACCUGCAAGCACCCUACGAUGGUGUCAGCUUAGCAUGCUCACGUGAUGAAGAGGUGCUCCAUUUCCAGACGAUGUACAGAGAACCAGACGGUGCAACCAAACCAGUGCAGGACUUGGACAAAAUUUGCCCACGCAUUCCUGUUAGCAUCGUGUUUGGAAGCGACAAUGAGUACAUACCCCGCGCAGUGCAGAAUGCCCUGAUUGAUCCGGCUUCUGGCAGGCGUUUUUCCUCUAUCACACGGAUCGACGGAGCAGGACACCUGGUGCCUCAGCAUGCACCUAAUCAACUCGGAGAACAGAUAUUCGAUAUUUUGUCCACUUCUCUCACAUUAUUUUCUAAGCUAUAAUUUAUCACUAUCUACGUUCAUUGGACACAGUUGGCUGUCGAUGACACAGACACUCGGACAGCUUCCAGUCUUGCCCAUUCGCCCAUCGGGCUACCAUCCUCACCGACGAUACCUCUCCACUGUAGUAGCCUGCCUGUCAAGGUAUCCCAUUUCACGAACUUUUCGUCAAGCGUCAUACUGGCUUGCCAUAAGUCCUCGACGAUACCACCCCACGCACGCAGGGGAUCAGGUACUGGUGGUUGGAUAUGCAACCCAUGACCGUGGUAUGGCGGCUUAGAAGGGAUGGCAGGUCCGUUGACAGAACUAGAUUUACUGAAAUCUAUGCAAGGCUCCAGCUGUUCGAGAAUGUUGAUUGCGGUCAUGAAAACAUGCGACAGA